AAAGAUGGCGACCGGGAUGCGCGGCCUCACCCAGUUCAUCGCCGACAUACGAGGCGCCAGAGUGCGAGAGCUCGAGGAGAAACGUAUAAACAAAGAAAUGGCCAACAUAAGAAAGAGAUUCAAAGAUGGAAACCUCGACGGCUAUCAGAAGAAGAAAUAUGUCGCCAAGAUUAUAUUCACGUAUAUUUUGGGUUACAAAGUCGACGUCGGCCACAUGGAAGCUGUAAAUCUCAUAUCAAGCAACAAGUACAGCGAGAAGCAGAUUGGUUACCUCGCAGUGACGCUACUUAUGCACGAGAAUUCCGACUUUCUUCGAUUGGUGGUCAACUCGAUUCGCAAGGAUCUGGACGAUAAUAACGAGAUACAUAAUUGCCUGGCUCUUCAUGCUAUCGCUAAUGUUGGCGGGAAGGAGAUGGCCGAGGCGUUGGCCGAGGACGUACAUCGCCUGCUAAUAUCCCCUACUUCCCAGAGUUUUGUCAAGAAGAAGGCUGCACUGACAUUAUUGCGAAUGUAUCGGAAACAUCCUGACGUUAUACCUGCGGAAGAGUGGGCUUUGCGUAUAGUAUCUAUCAUGGAUGAUCCCGACUUGGGUGUAGUGAUCUGUGUCACGAGCUUAGUAAUGGCCUUGGCUCAAGAUCAUCUCGACGCGUACGCGGUCUGCUAUCAGAAGGCUGUGGAUCGUUUACAUCGGCUUGUCGUCGAUCACGAGUAUUCAGCCACUUAUGCUUAUUACAAGGUCCCUUCGCCGUGGCUCCAGGUCAAGCUACUACGACUCCUGCAGUAUUAUCCUCCGUCAGAUGAUCCUACGAUCCGCUCUGUACUACAUAAUGUUCUCCAGGUCAUUAUGAAUAACUCGGCGGAGCCGACGCGAAACGUACAACAUAACAAUGCACAGCAUGCAAUUCUGUUUGAGGCAAUCGGUCUUGCUAUCCACUUAGACACGAACUCGCCCCUUGUUGGCACAGCUGCAGUUCUUCUGGCCAGAUUCAUCUCGUCUAAAGAGACCAACGUACGAUAUCUUGGCCUGGAUACUAUGGCUCACCUUGCAGCUCGUGCGGAUUCCUUGGAGCCUAUCAAGAAGCACCAGGGCACCAUCAUACUGUCCUUGCGCGAUAAAGAUAUAUCCGUAAGGCGGCGCGCUCUUGAUUUGCUGUAUAGUAUGUGUGAUGUCGACAAUUCCGAGUUAAUUGUCGGCGAGCUCCUUCGCUACCUUAGAGUGGCGGACUAUGGCUUGCGGGAGGAAAUGGUACUGAAGAUUGCAAUCCUCACCGAGAAGUAUGCAAACUCCUACAAGUGGUAUGUCGACACUAUCUUGGACCUCAUCAGUGCUGCCGGUGAUCACGUCGGGGAUGAAGUAUGGUACCGGGUGGUACAAAUCGUGACCAAUACAGAAGAUUUGCAAGAGUAUGCCGCCAAAGUUGUAUUCGAGCACAUGAAGUCACCGUCAUCGCACGAAAGUCUGGUCAAAGUGGGCGGUUAUAUACUCGGGGAAUACGGGCAUUUAAUCGCGAAUAGUCCUGGAUAUAGCCCACUAGAGCAAUUCCAGCUUCUGCAUGCCAAGUCACAAUUCUGCGGGGCGCCGACGCGGGCACUACUCCUGUCGACCUACAUUAAAUGGGUCAACGUUUUCCCGGAACUCAAGCCUCAGCUCAUCAACGUCUUUGAGCGGUAUCGACAUGUACUAGAUUCGGAGCUGCAACAACGGGCUUGCGAAUUCUAUGCGAUAGCGUCGCGCCCAGAGGAGGACGAAUUACUUCAAAACGUUUGCGAGGAAAUGCCUCCGUUCCCUCCACGACAGAGCGCCCUACUAGGACGUUUGAAUCGCAAGCAGGGAGACACGGAGGACAAGCGGACAUGGGUAAUCGGAGGGAAAGAGGCAAAUUUGGAGCGCCAAGCGUCCAAACGCCUUACAGUAAUGACGACCGGAGCCGCGCGACUAUCUAACGGUUCCACUGGGGUUUCACAACCCGACUCAGCCAGUGCGCAGGACAUCACGAAAACUCUGGCUGGGCUAGAUUUCACCACAUCGCCGGAUCAGGCGGAGGCGCCGGGCUUGCAGCAUGCUUCGUCGAAUUUGUCCACAAUAAAGGUCCCUCCAGUAGUUGCUGGGCCGAAUGUUGACCGCUGGUUUGACAAGCUCACAUACAGCGCCGACGGCGUUCUCUACGAAGAUAUCCAACUGCAGAUCGGUGUCAAGUCGAGAUACCACGGGCACCUCGGGCAGCUGGCUAUCUACGUUGGGAACAAAAUCGGAGUGCCGCUGACCUCUUUCACAACCACUAUGCAUGUCAGCGAACCAGAGGCUCUCUCGGUCACGUUCGCAAAGAUGCCGCCUACGAUGAUCGCACCCAGGACUCAGACGCAGCUGCUUCUCCACAUCGAGUGCAAUAAGUUCUUCCGGACUCCUCCCGUGAUGACUGUUUCGUUCCUUGCUGGUUCGCAUCAAACGCUUUCCGUCAGGCUGCCGUUGGUCAUUACGAAGUUCUUCGAAGGCGUGAAGCUUGGUCCUACCGAAUUCUUCGAAAGAUGGAAACUGAUUGGUGGGCCACCGAGGGAGGCACAGAGUAUAUUCCCCAUCACACUGAACGCCGCUGGCCAUAUCGAUAUGCCGAAGCACCGACAAGUAGUAUCUGGAUUGCGAUUCGACAUCCUUGACGGAAUUGAUCCGAACCCUACCAACAUCGUAGGUGCUGGGGUGUUGCACAUGGCAGUCGAAGGGAAAGUCGGGUGUUUGAUGCGCUUGGAGCCCAACAGGGAAGCAAAGCUAUGUAGGGUGACUAUUCGCAGUACCUCGGAAGAUGUAGCUUCGGAGGUGCAGAAGCUUGUUCAGAAACCCCUUACCACGGAGUCAUAGCCGAGUCUCGUGUCGUCACCAGCCUAUGGACCUACGGACAUCCUCUGAUUGUACAGGAUAUAUUUGUACUAACUGCCUACGCGUACACUAAUCAUACCCUCUUAGUCCCGACUAGUGCCGUGUCAAAAUCCCGCGCAGUAACCCCCUUUUCCUCCGGCCGGGGUCAUCAGGGAAGUCAAGAGAGUGAGGCCCUAUACGAGACGAGUCCUCUGACAACACCCGAUAAAUGUUACUGGAAGUUGUAGUCGGUGACGCAGGAUGAUCCGUGGACCCUGCGUUCGAUAGUUCUGCCUGUG